CAUACUUUCUGUUCAAAUCCUUAAUAACCGAGUGUUUUUCCCUCUCACUUCCUUUCUCUCUCUGGCAUACUCGUAAUCAGAUCCCUCCUUCUUCUACCCCUACAGUACAAUCAUCUCUUCACUCUUUUUCUACUUACAAAGCCUUAAAAGCCGUUCUUCUUUUCUUUUCUUAUUCUCUGUUCAAUUUCCUUUCUCUCAAUUUAUAGAAAAACCCUAGCAAAAAUGGGGGAUUUCUCUGGAAACAUUGAUGUAGGAAAAUUAGUAUCAUAUAGCGACGAUUUACUUUCGGUAUUGAAGGAGAAAAGAGACAUUAACAUUUUGACCCAAUGUCUUGAGCAGUCAAAAUCUCUUCGCUCCUCAUGCGACACCCAGUUCAACAAUACUCGAAACCUUCUACGGGAUUAUGAGAGAAAGAUAGAAGAAUGUAAGCAGAAAACAGAGAAGGCGAAGCUCGAAGUUCCUCCAGAUGCUGAAUUGGACAGUCUUCAGAAGGAACUGGAAGAGGAACGCGAAAGGGAACGAUUAUUAACGGAGGAGCUGAGAGUUAUUAACAGUGAGAUGAAUGAUCUUGAAUGUCAAAGGACUUUUGUUGAAGAACAAAGACAGACUAUGAAGAAAAUCGAGCAAGAAGAGCUUAGGGCACAGAGGAAGCUUUCAAUGUAUGCCUCUGUCACUAAUAUCAUCCCUAACUUGGAUAAUCAUUCCAAAAUCUCAGGCCACAUUGUGGAUAGAGAAAAGAAGAUGGUUGAGAAAUUUGAAUUUGAUCCAACAAACACGCCUGCCUUUGUUACAUGCCAGAGUAUUUGGAAGAUGAUAAAUCUACGAUAGAUGCUCAUAUUGUUCCUUUCAGAUGGCACACAGUAGUGUAUAAUGACCAUGUGUUAAUUGUUUGCUGUUUGUGGCAGUCUUUUUGUAAUAUACUUAAGUUAUAAUUAUUAUUUAUGUGGGAAGUGCUGCCAAUGGUGCUUAGGUCUUGUUUGCUCAUUUGAGCUGCAUUUGUGAAAUAUAGUUCAAAUUCCUUUUUCCUCCAUUGUAUUAAUAGAUUUUGCUUAACGUCAGAAACUGCUGCAUCAGUCUGAAUAAUACUAAUAGUUAAGAUAUGCCUCAUUCUAAGGUGCCAUUCAAAAUUAUCUAGCUCUUAUCCACUGGGUAAAACUUGUUUCAUUGGUGUUUGAUUUUUGAUAUUGCAAUUGUGGCUGUCUAACACAUUGAGAAGUUUGAAAGGCUGAUAUGUUAAAGUUCAGGUAGCUGUCAUUGCUCCAGGCUGCCAGCAGAGUCACAAGUGCCUUAUAAGCAGGAUAUAGUAACCAGGGUAGACGAAUCUGCUAAAUCUUGCCUCUCAAUUGAAUUGGUUGGAUAUGAAUUGAUGUCCACUUGUGCUAAUGAUGGUGGUUUUCUGUUGGAGAACUUAAUGGUCACAAAGGGGGGCCAACUUAGAUUGAAGAUGGUCAUGAGAUGACUCUGAAAAUCUGACUGCUUCCACAUGAUGUUUGAGGUCCAUUUUAGAUAGGGAAUAGAAGUGUUUGCUUAAUUUGUCAUUUGAAUUCCUGCACCAGCCACUGCUUCCAGCUCUGAAAUUCAGUGCAAAUUAAGUUUUUAUGAUCAUAUAUAUCCACCCAAUUUUUCUGGAGUACGCUCAACUGCUGUAUGACGCGUGUACAAUUUAGAUGAUGUGUCAUUGACAAUUUGACAUAAUGAUAGAAACAGGUAGAUGUACUGCCACUUGUAUAGCUUAUGUUUCAAGAUUUUCUCUACAAACAAAUCUGAUACGGAUUAAUUUAGACUUGUAUAUGGCAAUUAGUGCAGUCUUUAUAGGGAAUUUGUCCGAGCUAUGAUGGGAUCUGGACGCAUAUGUUAAGGAGAGAGCAUUUGUUGUAAUGAAAUUUGUCUAUAAAUAAUCUUAAAUGAGCUUUUAUAUCGA